UUUACUAGACAAAUUAUAUGAAAUAAACGUAGCGGACAAAAAUUACAGACUGAAGUUCAAAUAGUCGCCAAAUAUUUUAUUAUUACGUCAAAACAUUCUGUAGUCAAUAAUGCAAAAAAUAAUUUUAUCAUACUCAAUAACGAUAUAUUAAAAGUAGUUUUCGAUCAAGAUGGAUAGCGUUAAAAAUUUGUGUAUUUCGCUCAUCAAAGGAUUUGUGGACAGUUUAAGAGGUGUGACGGUCUUAUUGUAUCUGGACAAGGAGAUACAGGAACGGGCUCUGAGCCGAUCUCCGCCUGAAAAUAGCAAAAUUAAACAGAAAAUAGAUACUCAACAGUCAAAAGUGCUGACCAGAGUGAUACAAUCGUGUGUAUUAAACGGUUGUAUUUUCCUUUUGAGUAUACUCAUAUUUGAAUAUGGCUUGCUUCCGGCUGUGAAGCAUUUUGUUACGCUUGUUUUUGGCCAUGACCCAGGCGUAGCACACAAUGUUUGGGGCUGGAUGCAACCAUUUUUAUCUAUGACGUUUAGGAUGAUAUGGGUGCUUCCACUAUUUUUACUAAGCAAGCUGGUUAACAGCUUGUGGUUUCAAGAUAUAGCUGAUUCAGCAUAUCGUCAUCGGAGAGGACGUCCUCAAUUUAUGUCGAGUGUCAGCAAAAUUAUUGCGGAUUCGCUCUUCAGUUUACUGGUGCAAGCUUUAUUUUUAGUCCAGAGUAUGCUAGUCAAUAUGCUGCCUAUAGCUUACAUUGGUGAAUUUUUAUGCUUAAUACAUAUGUGUCUUUUGUACUCUUUAUAUUCUUUUGAAUAUAAGUGGUUUAAUAUGGGAUGGGAGUUACAUAAACGGUUAACGUUUAUUGAGACAAAUUGGCCGUAUUUCCUUGGUUUCGGUCUACCCUUGGCCUUGUUGACGCAAAUCCCUCAGUCCUAUAUCAUAAGCGGUUGUGUAUUCUCCAUAUUUUUCCCUAUAUUCAUCCUGAGUGGAAAUGAAGCUACCCCAGUCUCUGGGAGCGACUAUCCGCUCCGUCUCUUUUCUCCUGUAGUAGCGAUUUCCAACGGAAUUUUCCGCUUCGUAAGACACACCGCAACCACCGAAAAGAAAAGAUGAUGAUGUCGCAUCACAAAAUAUUCCAGCUAUUUUUAUCGAAUUUUAUUUUCAAGGUCUUUUUCUGUAAUCUAUCUAUGAUUCCGUUACUUACUUGAUAUUCAAUAAUAAUCACUAAAUUUAUGUAAUUCGAAAAUCCUUAUAAAAAAAGAAGGCAAUCAAAAAUAAG